UCCUCCCGGCAGAAUCCAAGCAUAGGACGCCCGGGUUACAGCCCCAGUGUCUAGCCCACGUUCACCGAGUGACCUAAGCAUUGCUGCUCAGCGUGGGGUCUGAGGACCAGUAGAAUCGAUGUCACCCUGCAGCUCAUUAGAGAUGCAGCAUCUCGGCCCCGCUCCAGAACCUCUGCAUCAGAAUCUGCAUUUUAGCAAUCUCCCCCCGGGGGAAUUCAUGGACGUGUUACCGUUUCAGAAGCUCUGGGCUAGGACAGGAUGCUGAACCUGUGUCUGGUUCUUCCAGGGGCAAAGAGUGAUUAAUAACAGUAAUGAGUAAUGAUAUAUUGGCAGUCUCUCUGCGAUGUUGGGAGGAUCAGGGGAGAUCGUGGAAACAUGCACAUGCUUUGGAAACUAUACAAGAGAAUGCCAAUCGUGGAUUAUCUUUAAAGAUUAUUAUUGUUAGUCACAUCAUUGCCUCUACCCCUCUUGGCCACAGGCUGGAGUUGAAGCUAGACGAGGAAGAGGAGCGGAGGAAAAGGCGCCGGGAGAAGAACAAAGUGGCGGCGGCUCGAUGCCGGAACAAGAAGAAGGAGCGGACGGAGUUUCUGCAGCGGGAAUCUGAGCGGCUGGAACUCAUGAACGCGGAGCUGAAGACCCAGAUCGAGGAGCUGAAGCAGGAGCGGCAGCAGCUCAUUCUGAUGCUGAACCGGCAUCGCCCCACCUGCAUCGUCCGGACGGACAGCGUCAAGACCCCCGAGUCCGAAGGCAACCCGCUGUUGGAGCAGCUAGAGAAGAAGUGACCAUGGGCUGGGCGAAGGAAGAGGAGGAAGAGGAGGAGGAGGAGGAGGAUUUGGGAAGAGGGUAGAGGAUGAGGGGUCCCAGAGGGCCCUUCCUCGCUGCAUGACAAACUUGACAAGGAGGCUCAGCACAGCCAGCGCUGGCCGGGCCUUUUUUGUGAAACUCAGAUCAGCCACACGAGGGGAAGAACGGCUGAGGGUACUAGAAGGACCAAGCGCUGAGACCAAAGCAGACCCUCCGGCGGGGCUGGCCUGCUGGGGCCCAGCUCGAAGGAGGCAGCACAGAGACCGGCUGAGAGACACCCCAACCCAAUGGCCUCGGGCACUUCCCGGCCCCCCCCACCGGGCCCACUGAGGGACCUCGGAGCAGCCAGGAAAAGCCAUGAGUUGCAAACAAAACGCGGCUGGGGACGAACUCCGAGUCCAACUGCAGCCUGCCGGCCCCCAGCCCUGCCUGCCGACCCUGAAGCCGGGCUGGACGGGGUGCCAUGUGGGGCCCUGCCGUCCCCGCCCCGUGGGCCCAGCGUGGGGGGGUCCCCCGGGAGCGGCAGCUGGGGCGCACCCUCGCCCGCCCUGCUGGAGUUUGCUGUGGGCACGAGGCGCGGGCGCCCUUCCAAAGCACAUACUCACCGAAUGUUUACAGACUGGCUGUCCUGGCAGGGCUUUCAACUGCACAUGUUUUUUAUACUUUCUUUUUUUUUUAAUAUUUUUUACAAAAAAAAAGAUUUUAUACAAGCAAUAUAUAUAUGGAUUUCUAUAAUCACUCGAUGUGAUAUAGUAUAAAUAUGCUAUGGUUUGUUUGUUACGAACAGAUAUCCAGCAGUUAUGGCCAUUGUGUGUAACUCCUAAGUACUGUAGUAGUCUCUGGGUGUUGGGGGUGGCCGGGGCGGGCAUGGGGUGCAUUUCCAUCCUGGUAAACCCUUCCUAGUACUCAGUCCUGUAUCGCUCAGUAAACGUUACUCUUACUUA